UUUUUGACACUCAGGAGGAUUUCCUCUGUGCAACAGGCUGAACAAGGGGAAGAGAGCUGGGAUUUCACAAUAACGAGUCUUACUGACAGCGGACUGCUGAAACCAGAGGCGGCCGGUAACUGCUUUGAGAAGCCAGAGGAGGACCGUCAGAUGUUGAUCAUGUGAAGUUAGAUGGGGGUCACAACGGUCUCCAGUGUUUGUGAGUGAUGGUAUGAGGACUCGGUGAAGGGAGACUUGUGCGCAAAAAUGCGGAUUUUUCUCCCUUUGCUGUGUGCCCUGUGCGCCACACCGGUCAACGGUAUUUUCGACGGGACCUGUCCCAAAAAAGACCCUCCCCCUGGUGUGUUGGUUUUAUAUCAAGGCAGUAAAUUGGUUUUGAGCUGCAGCGGUCAUGUGGAGGCGGAUGGAGUAAAGGUCAGAGGAAGGAGUUCUUCUGAUGAAAAUCAAACCUCUGUUAACAAUAUAAGGAACACUGAAGCUUUGAUGAAAAGUGCCAAACCUACUGUGGAGAAUACUGUGGGUGAAGGAUACCACUCUAACACGACUGAGGCAGGAGAAAGCAAGAGCCUCAAACAUUCAGCAACAGCUUACACAGCUUCUCCGAGCACUCCCACGGUCUGGGAGACUGGAGAUUAUGAGGAGCAGGAGGGUGAGGAUGGGAGCAGAGUAACAAGGAGCAUGAAGCCGAGACUACAGUGGAAGUGGAACGGGAGGAUCGUGGGAAAAGGAGACAGGGACUGGGGUGGAAUCGGCUUUGACAGGAGAGGGUCUUCACUGUCUCUGUCCUCAGUGAGACUGUCGGACUCCGGCAGGUUCACGUGUUACCACAGAGGCAGAGAGAGGUUCUCCCUAAAGGUCAAGGUCGCAGAUCCUCCAGAGACCCCCCAGCUGUCGUGCUACAAAAAGUCCCCCAGCAGUAAGAUUCGCUGUGAGUGGGCCCCUCAGAAGCCCUUCACUAUCUUCCCUAACUGCUCCCUCUUCCUCAGUAAAAGCGCCACAAAGUCCUUUCUUCAUUUGCAGUGCUCAUACUCCUCUAAGCACUCCCGCUGUUGGUGUGCUCUGGAUCACAAUGACGACGAGCUAAGAAGCAAUUACAUGGCCUACUUGUGUGUCACAAGCAUGGCAGGCAACGCCACCAGCUCCCUGCUUUCAUUCAUGCCUCUGAGCAUAUUGAAGCCUGACCCUCCAUCAGAGGUGUCAGUCCGACAGGAGGAGGGACAGGAGAUGAGGAUAACGGUCACCUGGAAUUUUCCGAUCUCUUGGAAAUCUCAAGACAGCUUUUAUAAACUAAUCUACGAGAUCAAAUACCGACCUCUCAAGUCCUUUGAUCAUUGGCAGAUACAGAUGAUUAAGGGCACACGCUCAUAUACUAUAAGGGAUGCAAUGCCUGGUGUUGAAUACUUCAUACAGCUCAGGACUAGGGAAGAGUAUGAUGGUCACUGGAGUGACUGGAGCACACCCGUCUAUGAAAGCAGCUGGACAGCAAAACGGUCAGUGGAGUAUGAGGAUCUCACUGCCACAACGUUUUCAGUAUACACUGAAGGCUCUGGUGCAGAUGAGGAUCUGUCUGAUGUUCCUGAACCUAUGCCAGGUGGAGACGAGGGGUCACAUCACAUCCUGUGGAUCUCCUGUGGUUCAUUUGCUUUCUUGUCGGUCAUUUUGGCUCUUUUCAUAUUCAGUUUUUUUCCCCCACUUCAGACACAGGGACAGGUUCAUGUCUAAACUCAAGAGUAUGAGUGUUAGCACCCCGUACGGUGACUCUCCACGGCCUGCACCCUCCACUCAAACACCUCCAGAAGGACAUGCUCUGGUGACCUUUGCCCCUCCUUGUAACAAAGAACCCCCACCGAGCGAAAUGGAAGAAAGUAAAGAAGAAAAUGAAGAAGAAAGUGAAGAAGAAAGUGAAGAAGAAAAGCAGCGCCUGAAGGAGAGGAUAGACGCCUUGCAUUUCAACAACCCAAGUUAUUUCUUUCACCAAAGGGAUUGAUGAACAGGCAAAAGGGGAAUAAACAAUCCAUAUCCAGUGUGAUAUAUUAUGGAAAGGAUAAUGGACUUAAAACGUUGAUGGUUCUCCAAUGAGCUUGUUUUUGCAAUCAAACUCAGCUUGUAUUUUUCUAUUUCUAUAUGAUGCCUUGAAUACCUCUGAAAGACUUGUAUUUGUUGUAUUUGUCAUAUGAAGAGCAGUAAAGCUACUCUCUCAUUUAUCUGUGGCAAUUGAAAGACCUGAUAAAACAGCAGGCUAUGUCAUCUAAUUCUAGUAUACACUUUUAUUAAGCUUUAUCGACUAUAUUACUUGCUUCAUGUCUUUUCAGUUUCCACAUAUUUUUUUACAAGAUUUUUAAAAGCGAUUGCAAAAUGGUGGGAUGUGAUGUUUUAUUUUAUUUUUGAAGAAAUAUGGUCUGAUGACUGGAAAAAGGUUAUGGCAUAAAAGUAUCAAUUCAGUCAGCUGCAGAACUGUUUACAUGUUUAGGAAUAUUUUAAGCAAAAUAUAAAUCAAUAUAA